CCCCAGACGGCCCCGCCGCCGCCGCCACCGCCGCCUCCGCCUGCCGCCGCCGCCGCCGCACCAUGAAGCGGCAGAACGUGCGAACGCUGGCGCUGAUCAUGUGCACCUUCACCUACCUGCUGGUGGGAGCCGCCGUCUUCGACGCGCUGGAGUCGGAGGAGGAGACGGCGGAACGGCGGCGGCUGGAAGCGAAGAGCCAGGAGCUGAAGAGCAAAUACAACCUCAGCGCCGAGAGCUACCGGGAGCUCGAGUGGGUCGUCCUCAAGCUCAAGCCGCACAAGGCCGGCGUCCAGUGGAAAUUCGCCGGUUCUUUUUACUUCGCCAUCACCGUCAUCACUACCAUAGGUUACGGCCAUGCAGCCCCCAGCACAGACGGGGGGAAGGUCUUCUGCAUGGUGUACGCCUUGCUGGGGAUCCCCCUCACUCUCGUCAUGUUCCAGAGCUUGGGGGAGAGGAUCAAUACCUUCGUCAAGUACCUCCUCCACCGCAUCAAGAAGUGCCUUGGCAUGAGGCGGGCGGAGGUCUCCAUGGCCAACAUGGUCACCAUUGGGUUCUUCUCCUGCAUCAGCACCCUCUGCAUCGGGGCAGCAGCCUUCUCCUACUACGAGCACUGGAGCUUCUUCCACGCCUACUACUACUGCUUCAUCACUCUCACCACCAUCGGCUUCGGGGACUACGUGGCCCUGCAGAAGGACGAAGCUCUCCAGAACAAGCCGCAGUACGUGGCCUUCAGCUUCGUCUACAUCCUGACGGGGCUGACUGUCAUCGGCGCUUUCCUCAACCUGGUGGUGCUGCGCUUCAUGACCAUGAACGCCGAGGACGAGAAGAGGGACGCCGAGCACCGGGCGCUGCUCACCCGCAACGGCCAGGCCAGCAGCGUCCACGCCGCCGACACCUCCUCGGCCGUACCGGCAGCCACGGGAGGCGGCGGGGGGGGCUUUCGGAACGUCUACGCCGAGGUUCUCCACUUCCAGUCCAUGUGCUCCUGCUUGUGGUACAAGAGCCGAGAGAAGCUGCAGUACUCCAUCCCUAUGAUCAUCCCCAGGGACCUCUCCACCUCGGAUACCUGCGUGGAGCAGAGUCACUCCUCACCCGGCCGCUGUCUGCAGACGCCUUCCAACAAAUGCUUCUGCAACGCCCGCCGCUCGGCCAUCAGCUCCGUCUCCACCGGGCUCCACAGCCUGGCAGCUUUCCAGGGGCUCACCAAGCGCCGCAGCUCCGUGUAACCCCGCUCCAUCCUCGCCUGCCUCCCCUUAGCCCCCCGACCUUGGCCCCGCGGGCAAGGACAACACGCAGGAUGCUGAGCACCCGAGUGCCGCUCGCCUGCAACGGGCCAGCCCCGUGGCUAGGGACCUCUCCUGGUCACGGCAGGAGGAAACCACCCCAGGGGACUGGCUGUGGAGGGCGGGGAGACAGCAGGUUAGGACAUCCAGGAGGAUGCGGGAGCAGCGGUGAGGUUGUUUUGGUCCUCACCGAAGCGGGGAGAAAGCAUCUGCUGGUUUGGGUUUUAUUUUCUUUUAACUUAAGUUAAUUUUUAUUCUAUUUUGCAAAAAAAACAAACAAACAAAAAACAAAAAAACCAAACCAAAACAAACCACUCCUCAAAAAUGUGAAACUUGAAGAGCUAGAGAGCAUUUUAACCUGAUGGGGUGGGGAAAGGGUUUGCCUGCACCUCCUACCGCCAUACCUCUGUGCAAGUAAGCUGGGGGCGGCUCUUUGGUAGCUUCGUUGUUGCCCCAUGGUAGCCCCCACAGCAGCCUGAGCGUGGCCAUAAGCUGGAGGUGUGUGGACUGGAGGCCCCAAAAGAGGAGGACUUGGGGCUCCCAGCACCAACAGCAGGCAGCAGCAAGGUCCCAUCCCCUCCUUCCCUGACCUCCUCCAGCCCUGGGCUGCCCCGGCGGGAAGACAGGUCCCCGGGCAGUGAGGGAUGCCGUGGCGAAGGCAAGCACGCAUCAAUGGACAAAUCAGGCUAAGAGGGGCUUAGACAGAGCUUUUUCGUCCACUGCACACAGCAGCCUGCCCCUGCGGCCCAGAAAACAAGCUGUGAGUCACGUAGGCUGCCCAAAACGCCUUCUCCGACUUGCUGGGCAGCCCUCUGAGAGCACUGUGGGGUUGGUUUAACCCUUUUUAGGUGAGCGAACCUGGGCAUCCCCCCGGGGAUCGUCCCGGUGGUGAGGCGGUGGGAAGCCCAGACCCACCCACGGGAGGCAGGGUGGGCAGCAGCAGCAGCUCUUAACCCCCAUUUCCAUCCUCCUUUGUGUGACAGUUCUGGGACUCUCAUCCCUAGCCUCUCUUGCAGCAACUGUGGGACUCCCACCUCUGUCCACCCCUGUGGCACCUCUGGGACCCCCAUCUCCAACAUCCCUCGUGACAGUUCUGGAACCUCCAUCUCCAUCCUCUCUAACGUGUGAGCUACUCCCCUUUUUGGGGGGACAACCAGGAGCAUUCUAAGAGUUUUUUACUCUUCUUCUUCAGCUCCCAGGUUGCACCAGUCUCAUGUUGACCCACAUCCUAUUUUGCCCAGACCAGUGAAUAUUCAUGGGACUAAGAACCAGAACAUCCCAGGAGUCAUUUCCUGGGCACCCCAUCUUGGCAAGAAGGAGGCAAAAACUUCUUUCCACACAAAGGGCAGCUCCUUAGCCCUACAGGGAGCAGCCCAGGAGCACAGUCCCCUCUGUCAGCACCCAAACACAGGCCAGUGGGGGGACACUGGGGGACUGCUUGAGCCCUGGGAGGGGAACCAGGGGGACUCUGAGGACAGCCAGCUUGUUUUUUCUCACCUUUGAAGAGAAGAAAACCAAUGUAUUUCUGAUACUUGACUACUUGUACAUACUGUUAGAUACCAGAGAGGAUAUUUAUUAUAAAUGCCACUAUCAUCCUAUCUAUAGAAACCCAUAAAUAUCUAUUGGGAAAGGGGGAAAGUCACUGAUGGAUCCAUGGAAUUUCUUUUCACUCUCUGCAUCUUUCUCAUCCUAAGGCACCCACAGGGAUCCAUGUUCUCUGUGUGUGUCCUGUCCCCUCGUCGUCGUCCCCCCACCCCCCCUCCCAGCAAGGUUUUUUCUCUGCUUCUCAUGCCAAAGUCUAUUUGUACUGCUGAGUAGUAGAGAGAGAAAUAAAUGGUUGGUUUGAACCCCA